AUGUCCGCCGUCGCCCAUCAAUACGAUUACCAAUGCCACAUUUGCUUCAAGACGUUCACCACGUUGAAAGGUCUAACCCAACACGCCGUAAUUCACACCGGCGAGAAGCCAUUCCAAUGUGACGUGUGUUCCCAGAAGUUCCGAUUCAAGUCGAAUCUAUUUGAGCACAUGUCGGUACACAAUGGAGCGACACCCUACGCGUGUCCGUACUGUGGAAAGGCUUGUAGACUAAAAGGGAAUCUCAAAAAGCACCUCCGUACGCAUGUCACAUCGAAAGAGGAGCUGGAAGCGGCGUGGAAGCCAUUCGCCAAAAUUGACAAGACACCGGACGCCAACAGGAGAAGAUCUCAGAAGAUUGUGAAUCGUCUGCCGCUUAUCGACGUGUCGGAUGACGGGACCAACUAUUUGCCCAAGAUUUUUUUGCCGAAAAAAUCGAACACGGGCAUCGGUGAGCUAUCCGAUUGGAUCCAAAGAAUCGAAAACGGCUCCCUGAUCCCCCAAGUGGAUCUCGACUACAAACUACAUCGCCUCGAAAGUAGCAUCUAUCACAAUCAGACACUUAUCAGCUGGACCGAUCUUAUCGAAGUGGCCAAACCGAUCCCACUGGAGCCGUACAACUGUCCGAAGUGUCAAUUCCAGUUUAUGACCAAAUCGGAUUGUGUCAAUCACUAUAAUAUCGAGCAUCAAAAGUGUCCGGAGUACAAUUUCUACUGUGAGAAGUGCUUCCGUGGAUUCUCGAAUCACUCGAGCUACAAUCAGCACAUGCAGUAUCAUGACCGUACGAAGGUGUUUAUUAAGAGCAAGGAGGAUGAGGUGAGCCACGAAAUUGAUAUGGUAGGAAAGCUGAAGACGUGA